AUGUCGGGCCAAGCUCCAACCAACGGCGUACCUCCACCCAUACAGCUUUGGACUCCAGCAGUUGACUUUGUUGAGAAUCGAAUGUGGCAAUAUCAUCCUGCCUACAAUGCUCAGAAUCACAGGUAUGAUCCAAUCCAAGCUCAGUUUGUCGCACUCGAGGCGGGUCUCUCAGCCUCGUCGUCAAACCUUCUUGCGACCAAUGUACCAGCCUACUCUCAGCCGCGACCGGCGCCAGGAAAUGUUCAUGAUAUGGACCUCUGGGCUGUUGUAUUUCCAGGAGCAAUGUCCGAACUCAACACAACUCCGGCGCCUAAGCAAGGAGACCUGCAAAAAUGGGGAAUACGAACAUGCUCAGAUUGGCCAGAAGUACAGCGUAAGCUCGAAAUGGCGCGAAGAGAUUAUGAUCAUUUACAUGGUCAAAAGCAUGUUGGCAAGUUCAGGCGAAAAAUGCGCGAUGUCAUGGAUAAAAGCAGUAUACCUCUUCAGCAGAUUGUUAAAGGUGUGCCCUCGGUUGAUGCAGCAUCUCCGAUCGUCAGCGUCGCAAACGUUCUCCUAGAUGCAUAUCGACAAGCAGUAGAAGUACGUGAAGCCGUCACCACAGGCUUCGACGAUCUCCCGACAUUCUUCGCUUCAGCAGACUUCUUUCUGAGCAACUACCCAGACGAUGAGAACAUCCAGCGGUCAUCUGUCGCUUUCGUGCUUUCUGUGUUCAAGACUAUUGAGGAAGCAAUACUUUUUUACACAAGCAAACAAGUCAAGCGUGCAGGUUUUGCAAUAUUCACGGGGGAGCAGUACCAGCAGAAUCUUACUCGGGCUCUGGGCGAGAUGAAGGUAUCUGCCGAAGCGUUCGUGAGUCAAGCAACAAUGUCGUUGCACCAUCGAGUCACUUCAGCGGAGAAAGAACGUAUGUACUCGGAUGCCAUACAAUUAUCACGAUCCCAGACUAACAUAUCCAACGACAACUGGCGGCCGCGAUCACCGCUUCCAUCCAGAUCAGGAACACCGAUGGCUAUCGAACGGCAGUCUUGGACACCGCGCGAUCUCUGGCUUCGAGUCGGAAUACCCAAUAUUGAUGAGACUGAUCUGCAAAGGGUGCUCAAUAGGGCCGCAGAUAUUGACUUCUCUGAUCGCGGCCGUGCACAGCAGAUGAUUACCACUCAGCAUUUCCGCCACUGGAUGUUGAGUCAAAAUUCCGCCAAGUUACUUGUCCAUGGAGACUUCGAAAACGCAAGUAGGACAUCGCCGUUCUCAGUCUUAGCCGCGACCGUUACUCAAGGCUUCAGAUCUUCUCCCAGUAUCAUAAAUUUGGUUUUCUUCUGCGGCCAACACCUGCUGGACGACGAGCAUCACGGGGGCAAUGCCAUGAUCCGUAGCCUGAUUGCUCAGCUGUUACGGCAAUACCCUUUCUCUACCAUCGUCCCAUUGCCAGACAUGCUAAUCGGAGACAUCGAUGCCGGGAACGUUAAGCAGCUAUGCACACUUUUUACAUACCUCAUUCAACAGCUCUCUCCGCAAACAUCGAUCUUCUGCCUUAUAGAUAGCAUCAACGAGUACGAACGAGAAGAAUACAUUCACGGCAUGGAUGAUGUAGUCUUUGCAUUGCUGGGCUUGGCAGAUCGAAGCAGUAGAGCGAGUUUCAAGCUGUUGCUGCUUAGUCCGAGACCCACGGUGGAAGUGAGGAGGGCGUUUGAUGGAGAGGACGGGAUACUGUUGCACAUGCAGCAGCUGCCGGUGAUUGAGGACGUGGUGGGACCGGCGCAGCUUCAGGAGAUGGUUGGGAUGGGUUUCGAGGGUACGGACAGAGCGGGUUGA